GAUGGAGAGAGAAACGGAACAAUUCUGUAAACUCUUUAUUGGUGGCUUGAGCUUCGAAACAACAGAAGAAAGUUCGAGGAAUUACUAUGAGGAAUGGGGGAAAGUUACCAAUUGUGUGGUUAUGCGAGAUACAGCAAGCAAAAGAUCAAGAGGAUUUGGUUUUGUCACCUUUUCAUCCAUGGCUGAGGUUGAGGUUGAUGCUGCAAUGGCUGCAAGACCUCUUUCAAUUGAUGGAAGAGUGGUAGAACCAAAACGAGCUGUUGCAAGAGAGGAAUCUGGAAAACCAGGGGCUCAUGUAACUGUAAAGAAGCUUUUUGUUGGUGGAAUAAAAGAAGAUACUGAGGAACAUCAUCUUAGAGAUUACUUUGAGGAAUAUGAAAAAAUUGACACUAUUGACAUAAUUACAGAUAGGCAGUCUGGAAAGAAAAGAGGCUUUGGAUUUGUUACUUUCGAUGACCAUGAUCCUGUGAAUAAGGUUGUAUAACAGAAGUACCACACCAUUAAUGGACAUAAUGCAGAAGUAAGAAAGGCUUUGUCAAGGCAAGAAAUGGAGGAAGUCCAAAGUUCUUGGAGUGGAAGAGGGGGCAACUUUGGCUUUGGAGAUUCUCAUGGUGGAGGAGGAAAUUUUGGACCAGGACCUGGUAGUAAUUUCAGAGGAGGAUCUGAUGGAUAUGGAAGUGGUCGUGGAUUUGGGGAUGGCUAUAAUGGAUAUGGAGGAGGACCCGGAGGUGGCAGUUUCGUAGGUAGCCCUGGUUAUGGAGGAGGAAAAGGAGGAUAUGGUGGUGGAGAACCUGGAUAUGGCAACCAGGGUGGGGGCUAUGGAGGUGGUUAUGACAACUAUGGAGGAGGAAACUAUGGAACUGAAAAUUACAAUGAUUUUGGGAAUUAUAAUCAGCAACCUUCCAACUAUGGUCCAAUGAAGAGUGGAAACUUUGGUGGUAGAAGGAAUAUGGGGGGACCAUAUGGUGGAAGAAACUAUGGUCCAGGAGGCAGUGGAAGAAGUGGGGGUUAUGGAGGAAGAAGAAGAUAUUGAGCUUUUUCCCAUUGCCCUGGGCUUCACUGUAUAUAUAGGAGAGGAUGAGAGCCCAAAG